UUUGUCCCCACAUACCACUCGUCAACACAACCAUAAUUGCUAACUAAUCUCGCAUCAUGCACAGUGUAUUUUAGUUUGUUCAAGAAAAAAUCGUUCAGAAACACGAUAAAAUCGGAGAAAAUUCGAUAUAAAACCCCCUGUAGAAACGGAUUAUUGUUUGACAAUCUUAUUCAAACACAUGAUUGAUACAUUGGAGGAGAGAUUGAAAGUCACAUGGAGGGUGGGUAUGGGUGGGGGAUCCUCCUUGCUAUCACUUUCUUUCGUUGUUUUUCUCUAUUUUUCUGUUUACAAAACACUUCAUACCGUUAUUGUUUAGAUUUAUCCUCUUGUUUUCUAGCUUCACCUUCACCCUCCCUAUACUUUUGCCUCAACGAUCGACUUUGACUAUUUACAGUUCAACUAUUUAACCCGGCAGGAACUGCACUUUUCUUCUAUUGCUUCUUUCAUUUUGAAUCAAAAGUGCGCUCCCAACGUCUUACCAAUCCCCGUGAAUCCCCUUCCUCCUUCACAGGCUCCCAACAUUCAUUCCCCUUCCACUCUUCUGCGCAAAUAAAAACCCUCCCCGCAGCUUGGAAUUCCUUCUUCCUCUCCCACCAUGUGCAACAUCCACUACAUUCCCCUGACAGAGAUCCAGCACUAAAGCAACCAAGCUCAAAAGCAGAAACCAUAAAGGUACAGUCUUUCUUCCUUUCUCUCCAUUCCCCAUCAUCACACCUUCAUCUCUACGUUAAGCAACCCCGUCCAAAAUGGAACACCAUGAUCGGUUGUAGCUUUCUCUGUUUCAGGUUGUAUCCAGACAGAUCAUGCAGCAGUUCCUGACGACCAACCUCUUGUCCCUGCUGCUGCUAUGCAGCCACCUCGUUCUGAACAAUGCUGAUGCAGGGUCAGACAAGGGAGCUCUCCUCGGGUUCAAAUCCGGAAUCUCGAAAGACACGACGGGAAUCCUCUCCACCUGGGUAGCAACCACUGACCAUUGCACGGAAUGGGAAGGCGUGCAGUGCGAUCCGACCACCGGAAGGGUGACUUCUCUGCUCAUACAGGCGCCGCCGGACGGCUACAUGGAGGGAACUCUGUCGCCUUCUCUCGGCGGACUGACGUCGCUGGAGGUUCUUGUCAUCACCGGGACGAAGCACAUUGCAGGUCCGAUCCCUCCAGCAAUCUCCAACCUCACCAGGCUGAGUCAGUUGAUCAUCGAGGACUCUUCGCUCGCCGGCGCUAUCCCUCCGGGGUUAGGCCGGCUGACUCGUCUGGCAUCCGUCUCCCUUGCCGGAAACCGCCUCAGUGGUUCGAUUCCUCCGUCCAUUUGGGAUCUCCCUAACCUCCAGCUACUCGGGUUAGCUCGAAACUCCCUCACCGGCGCCGUUCUUGUCCCAAAAUCGUCCCGCCGUCCAAUUCUGCAGUCUAUCGAUCUCAGCCACAACUUAAUUUCCGGCCAAAUCCCUACCGCAUUCCGAAACCUCACCUUCCUCGACCUCUCGUACAACCGCUUCACAGGCCAGCUCCCGCCGUCUCUGUUCACUCUGCAGAAUCUACAGGAUCUCUCACUAGACCAUAACCAGCUCUCCGGGAAGCUUCCUGCCAGCAUGGCCGGACUGAAAUCGCUUGCUCGUCUCUCCCUGAGCUCCAACCGGCUUUCCGGAGGAAUUCCACCUUCCAUUUCAACUCUGCAGAAGCUUUGGUACCUUAAUCUGUCCAGCAACGGAUUCUCCGGCCAAUUGCCGGGCAUGGCAGGGCUGCCCUCGUUGGUGUCGAUAGAUCUGUCCUUCAACAACCUCAGUUUAGGGACGGUGCCUAACUGGAUUAAGGACAGGCAGCUCUCCGACGUCCGACUAGCUGGCUGUGGACUGAAGGGAAGACUUCCGGUGUUCAGUCGACCGAACUCUCUCAUGUCUCUUGAUCUCUCCCAUAACUCAUUCGAAUUGGGAAUCUCCGGCUUCCUGACCAACGCCUCCAGCUUGCAGAGCCUCGAUCUCUCCGGCAACCAGCUUACAUUCGACCUCAAGGAGAUUACAUUGCCGCCGGGGAUCUCUUCCGUUCAACUCGGGUCUAACCGCAUCACCGGCUCACUCUCUGCAAUACUCAACAACAGCAGCAGAAUAAGCUUUCUGGAAGUUCUGGACGUGUCGAGGAAUCGGAUCUCGGGGCCCAUACCGGAUUCAAUCACGAAUCUGACCGGACUGAAGAGACUGGAUGUAGCGAGGAACAGAGUAUCCGGAACAAUUCCGUCGAGCUUGGGGAAGCUCAUCGAUCUUCAGUGGAUUGACGUGUCCGUCAACUUGUUGGCCGGCAAAAUCCCGAGUAGCUUGCUGGGAGUGAAGCGGCUGAGACAUGCCAACUUUAGGGCCAACAGACUCUGCGGAGAGAUUCCACAAGGGAGGCCUUACAACAUCUUUCCGGCGAGCGCUUAUGCUCACAACCUCUGCCUCUGCGGUAAACCUCUGCCGCCGUGCCGGGUGAGGGAAUGAAGAUAUCGGCCAGCGAUCGUGCUGACUAGAUGAGAAAGUAAACAUAUUACUGUUAGCUUGAAACAGCUGAUUUAAUGGAGGCAAACCAACCUUAGUUACCCCAUUGCUAUAGAUUGUAGUAGCUUCUCUUUUACCUGCGAGAUAUAAAGCAGUAUUCUUUUGCUGUGAUGGAACAACAUUCUUGCACGAGAUUUUUAGGGAGAACCAUAUACUAACCACCAUUGCCAUAAUUGGUACAAGCAAAACCCACAUUCCGAUUGGUUGAGGUAGAACAAAAACCAACAGCAACUUAUACCCAAUUCAGCACACAUGAUAAACUAAAGAUGAUACC